UGAUGGAUCAGUCAUUUUAAGAAUGGGGCUUGGCCAGUACGAAGUAGAUCCCGCAUAAGAAUGAUCUAAAAAUUCUACGUUGUUUCUUUUGGUAUAACAUUGUCUUGAAUAGAUUUUUUUCAAACCGUUUGCACAUUUGAUAUCGCAAAAUAUGGAGAUAACUGUACCGCCGCCGGACUCGCACUGGUCGUUGAGGUUUGUGGACAUCGUCAAGCCUUUUCCAGAUCAGACUGUGGCCAAUGCCACCUACAAGGUCAUCCGCUUCUUUUAUCCACCCUUUGCCCUGGAAACGGUCGAUGUCACUCACGUGGUCAGCGAUCCCGAGCUGAAUAGUUUAAACGUGGGACUGUUUGUGGGCUUUCCCUUGUUUCUGGCCUGCAUCGGCUAUGGGAUGUUUAAAUAUGCGCGGAAUGUGCAUUCGGUGCCUAAGGAGCGACCAUUUAAACUGUAUGAGCUUGAAAAGCGCAUGAAGGCCAAGUACGGCCCGGAAUACAAGCAGGGAAUCUGGAAGCGAAAGGACAUUCCUGACCCCCUUCUAUUGACCAAUGAUCCAUCCGAACCAGUGGAAAAGAGCAAACACGACCGUGGUAGCAGCAUGUCAAACAACUUUUUCAUUGAGGACCACUGGCUGCCCGAAUCCGUUGAAAACUUUAUCAAAACCGAUGGUUCCGUCGAUAAAAUCAGGGGGAAAACUGAAAACGGCGAGAGCCGCAUGUUUGACUGUAGCACUCAGUUGGGUCGCCACUCGGAUCUGGCUGGAGAAAUUAAAAACGCCUUAAAAGAGCGUAAACGCAAGGCCGAGAAGUAGGAAAGUCUCUUAUCCAAUCCAACCAAGCUUUCUAUGCCUUCUAAGCAAAGAAAUCGAUUUAAGAUCUUUCAAUUCCGUUUCAUGAUUGGGCCCUUAUUGCGACUGGAAUAGUGUCAGCUUUGGGCUUUCUCGGUUGGUGCAAUAAAAUGAAGUGAUUGUUCGGUUUUGUAUUUUGCAAAAA